UCCUAAACACAACUAAAAAAGAUAUCCUUGACAAUACAAAACACGAUGAAUUGGUUUAAACAGACGUGUGACUCUCCCUAAUAUUGAUAAAAGCAAAAGCUAAAAUUAACAGACUCGCAAAUGUCGUAGGAACUGAGGAGCCCGAGUAUGGUUCUGCAGGCAUUCGAACGGUGACAGCUCAGGCUGAGAAGACUCCAUACACCGAGUUGACGAAGAAGGAUUUGAAAUGGAAGGCUCAAGAGAGCACAAAUGUAGAGACUCAGACCUUCUAUAUGAUCUCAGAUGAGGGUAAAGUUGCAUCUGUUCAGAUGAUCUACAACAAUGUUGCGUACGUCUGAUCCAUGCACUCACAAGAUGUAUUUUGUGUCAAGGUAACAUUACACUGACACCGGAUGCAGCGGACUUCGAACAACUUGUCAGCUCAAUGUGGAAGUAUUUAACCACAAAGGGCCUAAGCAAUCUGACCAUCUUUGGCUUUCUGAUGCGCUCGAAAACUAUGGCUUCGACGAAGAAAUGGUUUCGUUCUACGCCGACGGGCUUUCAAUUGCUCUGAAUGAGGCUGGUGAUGAGUACACUAUUAAAGCCGCUCGUAAUGAGUCUGGACUUGUCAACCUUGUAUUCAAGCGCGCAGCUCCUGGCUUCCAGGUGGGAGAGAACGGAACUACCUAUUACGGUACUGACCCCGCCGCACCUUGGGGGGAGAUGAGACAUCGUUUCUGGCCUAGAUGCACCGUCAGCGGGACAAUCACCACACCCGAGAAGACCUAUGACUUCAAAGGACGCGGUAUUUUUAUUCACGCCAUCCAAGGCAUGAAGCCCCACCACGCUGCAGCAAAAUGGAAUUUUUUGACUUUCCAAACGCCUACCUACUCCGCCAUCAUGAUGGAAUUCACAACCCCGGCCUCUUAUGGCCACACCUCCGUGAAUGUUGGAGGUAUUGUAAAGGACGGUGAGAUCGUAUACGCCGGUGCUACCAACACUGUAAAGCAUACUGAGUCAAAGGAGGACCCAGAGACGCUUUGGCCCGAACCCGUCUCAGUGGAGUAUAAGUGGGAAGGCAAGAGCAAAUCUGGUGAUUUCACUGCACUUUUGAGUGGACCGCUUGGGGAAAGAACAGACAGGGUUGAUAUUUUAUCCCACAUCCCCAGUUUUAUCAAAUCGGUCGUUGGAGGAGUUGUAGGAACUAGACCCUUCUGUUAUCAGGUAAACUAUCCUACUGCUUUUACUCUCCUUACCUAGACAACAGGCUUAAAUUUUUCAACUCUAACAUCUCUCUCUAGUGGGCUAUCCCUCCAACAGAUUCCCUUGUUCUCAAGAUCAAAGAUGGCGAGACAACUGUAGAGGAACAAGGAACGCUCUUCGGCGAAUCAACCUUCAUUUUGUAAUAGCGGUGCGAAGUAUCCUAUUCACAAAUUAACGGAUAAGAGCCUCGCCAUAAUAUAGAAGUUGGUAAAUGUUCAUAUCCGAUUUUGGAUAAUGCGCAUCACCACGACAUUCGUUUACCUGCUCUUGCAUUCGCACGAGGAGCCGCGAAGAAGAGCUUCUUAUUGGUUCUUUUUUCACUACUUUUCUUUACGACUCGUUUCCUUCAGACUGAGAAUGGUUCUAAUUGGAUGAUUUGCAGCAAGGUUAUGAAUGGCAUUGGACUGUUAUGAUUUAUUUCAGCUUAUUAGAAUAUGAUUGCAGUACCGAAAUUUCCACUCGUUAUGGUAUGAUAUUAUUUAAAUGACAGGUAGACAAAAAGUCCUCAGCCGUUUUACAACUGACUUUCUUGGGGAAUUCCCAAGCUAGGGAAGCAUUAUCCUGCGCAUACACUUCUGUUCACUAAAUUCACCUGGUAUCCAAUCAUUGAUGCUGACCACCCACAAAGAGG